AUGGGUAUAUACUCUCUGCCGUUCAUGGAGCAUACACCUAAAGAUCACUUUUGCUUGAUCGGAAUUCUUCUUAUUCUCAACACAAUUUCUAGUGAACAUUACAGAAGAUUUCGUAGUAUCGUCACGGAUGAUCUCACACUUUACCAACAAAUUGUUAUGACAUGGCCCUAUAAAUUGAGCUCACCGACACUUUCUCGUUCUAAUAAACAGGAUCUUUAUGUACAUCCUCUUUAUGUUUGCUCCGGACUAGUCAUUCGUCCAAGUGGCAGAUUCGUCGUUGCUCCUCACAAUGGCGGAAAUAUACUGUUCUGGCUGCUACACGCUAGAGCCCGUCUCCGUUGUCCUGACGAUUGGUUACCUUCUCCAGACGAUUACCAUAUUCGUGUGGAGCAGUGGUUUGCUCCCUCUCCCCUUCAUUCAGGAGGGGUUGGAAUUGCUUCCAAUGUAGACGAUGCUCCUAUUCCCGGUGCUGUCACACCCGAUGAGGUCACUUGGCUAAACUGCUCUCAUCUACGUGGAAAAGAUGCUGUGGUUGAAUUUUCUGGUCGACUUCGUCGCCUUCGUUUCGUGUGGUCAAUCUCUGCUGGUCUUGAAAUGAACUCUUCCAGAGGCUUAGAUGCCUCUUACGGAAGGCCGGUGGCGGUGAAUGCAUUACCGGAUCAGUCCAUGCUGCCGUAUGGAAUGGCGUUGCCGACUUUGAGGUCUGAAGCCUCCAACCUAAACCAGGAGAAUGAUCAAGACUCUACGAGACUUGAACCUGGCUGGGCCAGAUCUGGAGUCGGGCUUGAGGCACGCGUGACCUCACGCAUCCUUUUUGAGGGAAAUUUUACAUCCCUUGAAAGUAAGUCAAACGCAUUCUCUCAUAAUUUUUCAUAUUUUCACAAACGUAUAUCAAUUUAUUUUAUAUAUCUGUACUUAUACAGUGGCGUUUAUCAUGACUUGUUCUCUGGCAUUCCGAAUGCCAUACUUAGUUUAAAAGCUAGUCAAGAUAUGCCUUUUUUCUCCGAAUUAAUACUUGUUAUAUUUUAUACUGCAAAAUGCUGUAAUAUUGUAUUAAAACUGAUUAACACAGUGCUGAAAGCUAGUUAUAAGCGGGAAUCCAUUCAUAAUUGGUUUAUAAUCAGGCAUCAAGAAAGGUUGUAUUUCAUUAAGUAA